UGACCCCGAGUAAUGGAUUGAACUUAUAUAAAGUAUCAGAUUCUGAACUAAAGAGCGUCUUUAGUUUGACCGUGUCGCAAUCGAAAAAAGAUGCAACCCAAUCAUGGACGUGUUUUGGAUGUGGAUAGUUGUUGUUCUCCUGCAGGCAUUGCUGAUCGUGAUUUGUUUUUCACUUUCGGUCCUCAUGAAAUGCCUCCUUGAUCGGCCAGGGGGAGCUCUCCCCACUCAUCACCGACACAGACCACGAAGAGGUAACGGAAACAACAAUACCAACCAAUCAGGACAACAAAGCACCAUUCAGGGUGAUUCCAUUAGUGUGAUAUCUUCAUCUUCCGGGUGUGCCUUGCCUCCUCCAUACGAGGAAGUUUGCGAAAUAGAUCUGGACGCAUUACCAAAGUAUGAAGACAUUAGCCAACUCAAUCUCAAAGGACAAAAGCCAAUCAUGUCGGUGUGAUAACUUCAAGGAUGCAAAUCAUUUCUGUUAAAGUGAACGUUAAAUAGAUUUUAAACUUUAAAGCUG